AUGGGGUGCGGCUUCUCGACGGGGGCGGCGGGCGGCGGGGGCGGGCUGCGGCCGUUCGCGGGGGUGCGGGUGAUCCACACCAACGGCUACGUGGAGGACUUCCCCGCGGGCGAGGACGGGGCGCCAGUCACCGUCGCGCGCGCCACGGCCUCCUCGCCCUCCUCGUGCCGGUACGUGCUGUGCUCGUCGGCGCACCUGCUGCAGCCGGGCCGCGCGCUGUUCCGGCCGGACGACGCGCUGCAGCCGGGCACCGUCUACUUCCUGCUCCCGCACUCCAUCUUCCAGGCCGAGUCCUCCGCGGUCGACCUCGCCUGCCUCAUGAACCGCCUCACCGCGCUCGCGCGCAAGGGCGGCGGCCCCGCGCCCAGCGCCGUCGACGCGCUCUUCUCCGGCGACUCCGCCCAGCGCCGCGGCAGCAGCCCCGAGGCCGAGGGGCAGACCGCCAAGCCGCCCCGCCCCGCCGCCAAGAGCUGCGCCGCCGCCGCCGCCUCCGCGGGGCCGUGGCGGCCGCGGCUCGACCGGAUCGACGAGUCCAUGGGCCGCUCCUCCAUGCGGAGCGCCUCCACCCUGAGCAACCGCAGCAGCCAGGACUAG